CCCAUUUCUCUUUCUCAAAAUCUCCAAAUACGACGAUUAUUUACAGAUUUUUCAGGCCAAAGAUGCAACUCUUUUUCUUUUUUCUUUCUUGAUAUGAAGAUGGUUACUUUAUCCAAAACAAACAUUCUGGAGUAAAGGGUAUUAUUAUUAUGAUUCAAGCUCUAAUGUCGACUAUCGCUAUUCACAGACCUGAAUUCUUAAGCUUUCCAAAUGAUUCAUUUAGAAAUCCUCAAAGAUUUCAAAGAGUCAUCCCUUCUUUUACAAUGGCAAUGGAUUCUCGGUCCUUUCAAACAAGAAAGAAAGAAGAACUAUCUGUUAAUCUUCCAGAACCAUCUUAUCCUGAAUUUGCAAAUCCAAAGUUACCUGAUCUGCGAUUUGACCGUCUUCAAGUCCCAGAAAGAGAAUUGGUACAUGAAGACAAGUUUGAAUUUGGGCAAUUCGUGGCAAGAGAGGCUAUAAUUGAUGAAGAAUUCUGGACUGCAGCCUGGCUUCGAGCAGAAAGUCACUGGGAAGAUCAAAUUCAUGACCGAUUUGUUGAUAAUCACAAAAGGAAAUUUGCAGAGCAGGAGUUCCAUGCCAUAAAAAGGCGACGUAUUCUUCAACAUGGACCGAAGUGUAGAUGCAUUGUCACGGUUAAAAAGGAGGACAAAAAUGUAAAGCGGACAGUACUGAAGAGUGUGGUUGGAACUCUUGAUUUAAGCAUCCGGUGCUUACUGCAGGGAGAGACAUUUCCAGGGGAGCGGGUGAAGGUUCCUAUAUUCCGCAGCUUCCACAAGAGGGGACCAGAUGCAUAUGGUUAUGUUGCAAACCUGUGUGUUGCCAAAUCAGCACGUCGCCAAGGGAUUGCAAGCAACAUGUUGCAUUUUGCUGUUGAAUCAGCCAAAUCAGAUGGUAUAGAAGAUGUGUAUGUGCAUGUGCAUAGAAACAAUAUACCUGCACAGGAACUGUACCAAAAGAUUGGCUUUGAGAUUGUUGAGGCGGCAAGCUCUCAAUUAAUAGAAGAGAAGACUUACCUACUCUGUUGCAGGGUGUAAAGAUUUUUCCAUAACAAAAUCCUUAUGGAAGUUAUAGAAAGCGUCAUAUACAAGAAGUGUAGAUUUCUUUGAGGUGAUAAGACAUUGGGGGCUGAUAAUGACAAGCACAAUCACUUAGCACACUGUCAAUUGUAAUCCUUGCUGUAACUAUUGUUUGAAAACUCCAUUUUAGCCAAGUUGCUAAUAUGUCUUGAAAUUCUUCUUCCAGUGUAUAUGGCUUAUUUUUCUCAAGAGAUCUGUUUAAACUGGGGAAGAUAUUAACUUCAAACAAAGAAUCGUGUUAGUGUAGUUUGAAGGCGUCUUGUAUGAAAUGGAAUUUUGGAUUGUUUCGAAAAAGAAAUAAAGGAAGUACAGCAAAAAUUUGCAUUUC